AUGGGUGAUAUCAACGCCUUGAACACCAGCACCCUCCCAAUAGUAUACAGGGACUCGACGGACCCUGCAGAGUUCCACGAGGCCGCUUGGGGGCGUGUCUUCAAUGAGAGACGCGACUUGACCAGACGGCCCAAGGCUGUCGUACAAGCCACCACAUCGGCACACAUCAAGGAGGCCGUCGAAAGAGCCAUUCAAGAAAAUGCUCGCGUCUCGGUGCGUAGCGGCGGCCACAGCUGGGCAGGAUGGAGCGUGCGAGACGAGGCCAUCUUGAUCGACCUGGGAAACCUGAGAGAGCUUCACUACGACGAGGCGACGCAAAUUGUCUCUUGCUCGACUAGUUACACUGGUCGCGUGCUCAACAAAUUCCUCAACGAAAGGGGUCGAAUGUUUGCUGGUGGACACUGUCCUGAUGUUGGGCUGGGUGGUUUCCUUCUGCAGGGCGGUAUGGGCUGGAAUUGCAAGAAUUGGGGUUGGGCAUGCGAGCAGAUUGCCGCCAUCGAUGUUGUUACCGCCGACGGUCGAGAGCUUCACUGUGAUGAACAGGAGAAUGCAGAUCUAUUUUGGGCUGCGCGGGGUGGUGGUCCAGGCUUCCCUGCAGUGAUAACGAAAUUCCACCUGCGCACUCGCCCUAUGCUAAAGAUGUUUGACUCGACAUACCUCUAUCCCAUUUCAGAGUACAAAAAGGUCCUGCAAUGGGUGAUUGAUGUGUGUCCGACGGCAGAUGAGAGUCUGGAAAUUGUCUCUGUUGCCUUGUAUCCGCCCGGGUCGGAUGAGAUCCAUAUCGUCGCCGGGUUCACAGCCUUCAAAAAGGACAAGGCAGAGGCAGAGGCAGCUCUGAGACCCAUUCAUGAGUCCAGACCUAGUGGCGCCAUUGUGGUCGACGCCUUCUGCCAGCCAACGACUCUAGAGGAGCAUUAUACAAGACAAGGAGCGGCCAAUCCAGAUGGGCAUCGUUACUGCAGCGAGAAUGCGUAUAUCGAGAAUGACGCAGAUGUUCCUGCCGUCCUGGAAUCUGCCUUUACAACAUUACCAAGCAAAAAGGCAUUUGCCCUCUACUUUGCCAUGAAUCCUACGUCUAGGCGUCCCCUGCCCGACAUGGCACUCAGCAUGCACUCGGAUCACUACUUUGCGCUGUACACCAUUUGGGAAGACGCCAAGGAUGAUGAGCGUUGCACAAACUGGGUCCACAGCAAUAUGCGAAGCAUUGAGCGAAAAGCGGUGGGCAGCUACCUCGGUGAUUCCGACUUUCAACACAGACGGACCAAGUUCUGGUCCGACGAGAAUGGCAAGAAAUUGAUGGAAAUCAGGAAAAAGUGGGAUCCGCUUGGCCGCAUCUGUGGAUAUCUCGAUGUUGGCGACAAGAGUGGUGUCGAUGGUCUCGAGAAUAUCUUUGAGUGGAAGACGGACGCAUAA